AAAUAUCAAAACUUCCUUGCAUUAGUAGUACAGUAAACAAACAUCAAACUAACAUAAACAAGAACUGGGAAAAAAAGUGCUUGUGAAUUAAAUAAGUUUUGUGUCCUAAGAUUUCCGACGUUCAAUCUGAACGCGCCCCGCUUGUACGAUAUUUGUUGUGCUACAAAAAUUCAUGGCCAAAAUUCAUUGGGACUACAAAUAUCAAAACUUAACCUUGCAUUAGUAGAGUAGUACAGUAGUAAACAAACAAGAAUUGAGAAAAAGAGUGCUUGUGCAUUAUUAAGUUUUGUGUCCUAAAGAUUUGUUGGGAAAGUUUUUAGGAAAAUUCUACAAAAUGAAAUUCCGGUUCAAUGGAGACACAGACUGUCCAGAUUGGAUUUUAGCUGAGAUUUACACAUUAUCUAGGCUAUCCUCUGUAAAAUUGAAACUACUAGGACAAGUUGUUGUUCAGGGAAUAAUAAUGCCACCCAUACAGACUGAAAAAAUUGAUAAGCUGUUUGCAGAUUCAAAAUUAGAUGCAGAUAUUGACCUUAAAUCGUGUAUAGCAUGCUUGAAAUAUAUUAUAUCAUCUGCAACACGAUUUCAUUGUGAGAGUAGCGCUCUCCAGUCGGAACUACAACAAUUGGGCCUGCCUCGUGAACAUAGUAAUUCAAUUAAAAGGGUGUUUGAAGAAUACAAUGGGGCUUUAUCAGAGAAUUUUAAGGCACAGCUACUUAGAGUUAAUCCUUUGGAAGGUGUAUCUGCAACUUCAGAUCCGGAAACAGGAUGUGCUAUUUUGAAUUUGAACAUAGGAGGAAAGCAGGAGUUUGUCACUGUAACGCCUAAAUUAGUGGAUAAUUUGUUAAUUGAUUUAACCCACAUUAAAAAAAAGAUGUCCGAACUGAAAGAAUCUAUGUGAUUUAUUAGUUAAUAUAUAUAAUUUGUGAAUAUAAAAAUAUGUGAUAAAUACAAGAGAGUAAUUUAAUGUGAAUAUCAUGAAUAAAAUAAAAACAAAAAUUAUGAGUAAAUGACAACUCCGAUAAUUUGGUAGGACUGCCUGACUGUAAAGAGUGGAUCCCGAGGCGUAUCAUCCGGAUUUCCUGAACUGUAAAAUAUACAGGGUUACGUAAAUUGUGGGAAAGUAGCGCUUUUUAGUGCUAAAAAUGAUCUCUUGACAUCUAAGUGAUAAAUACUUUAUAGUUGCC